CUCCAAUCACCGCCGCUCUUCUGACUGAAUUUCCCUGACUGACGUCAGCUGACUCUCCGCUCCUCUGGACACAGCGCCGCGUAAAAAUGCUGCUCUCGGUGCCGCCAAGGACAGGAAUCAGCCCGUACGGCGGCUACACCGGCAAAAGCCACAAGAAGCAGACAUAUGUGUCCCCAUCCAACCAUCAGAUGGCCCCUCCCAGUCCCAACAGCAAUGGCAACAGCAACACCCCCACAUUCAGCAAUGGCAACAGCAACAGCAUGAAUGGAGCAGAGCAGCUAAGCAAAACCAACCUUUAUAUCCGUGGCCUGCAUCCAGGAACCACAGACCAGGAUCUGGUCAAACUCUGUCAGCCGUAUGGGAAAAUUGUGUCUACCAAGGCCAUCUUGGACAAGACGACCAACAAAUGCAAAGGUUACGGCUUUGUGGACUUUGACAGUCCAACCUCAGCUCAAAAGGCAGUGACGGCACUGAAGGCUGUUGGAGUGCAGGCUCAGAUGGCCAAGCAACAGGAACAGGACCCCACCAACCUGUACAUCUCCAACCUUCCGCUGUCCAUGGAUGAAUCUGAGUUGGAGAACAUGCUGAAACCCUUCAGUCAGGCCAUUUCCACUCGAAUUCUUCGCGACUCCAACGGGACCAGCCGAGGGGUGGGCUUUGCCAGGAUGGAAUCAACUGAGAAAUGUGAGGCUAUCAUUCAACAUUUCAAUGGAAAAUAUAUCAAAACUCCUCCUGGAGUUCCAGCACAAACAGAGCCUCUUUUGUGUAAAUUUGCUGAUGGAGGCCAGAAGAAACGUCAAAGCCAAGGCAAAUAUCUCCAAAAUGGUCGGUCGUGGACGAGAGAUUCAGAAUCUGGAGGAAUGACUCUCACUUAUGAUCCCACCACAGCCCUACAGAACGGGUUCUAUUCCUCUCCGUACAGCAUUGCUCCCAAUCGGAUGAUUGGACCAGCCUCGCUUGCCCCAUACAUGCCUUCCCAUGUGUCCGCCUAUCAGGUACACAAUCCCUCCUGGCUACAUCAUCAGUCAUACAUCAUGCCUCCCACAGGAGCCGUCCUCGCGUCAGGAAUGGAGCACUCCAUGUCCAUCCAGCCGACCUCCAUGAUAGGACCCCUGACACAGCAGCUCAGUCACCUUUCUAUGGGCAGCAGCGGCCCAUAUAUGCCGACAAACACAUCUAUGCAGGGGACUUACAUCCCCCCAUACACCCAAGUGCCUGCCACCAACAUUUCAGUUGAGGAAAGUGCCGUCCAGCAGCCUGUUCCCAUUGGUACUCCAACAGAACACACGGCGUACUCCUACCAGCAUAACAAAUGAAGCCGUCGGUUUGGAUCUUUGCUUUCUUUAUCGUGCUCUGGAGCCUGGAAUGACUGUCCGGGGGCCGAAGUGCUGAAACCCUGCUGUGUGACUCUCCGUGUAAAGCAGCAGAAACUUGGAGGUCAGGUGGACUCGGACUGUUUCAUGUAAAGGACACAAAAACAAAAGAUGUUUUCCAUGAACUCAUAUUUGAAAGCAAAGUAGAGAACAGCGCGAAAGCAGGAAGAAUGGAACAUGGGGCAUCUAUUUUGAUAAGAACUCGAACACUACACAAUUUUAAGGUUUUACAUCACAAAUGGGGGUUUCUUAUGUUACGUCGGCAAGCUUAGAAGAAAAUCAGGAAAAUAUUUUUUUUGUUUGACUUUUGUGUAAAAUACGCCGAGAUUGUUUCCCUUUUUGUCUGAUAUUUUCAGCCGUUGAACUGCCUUCUUGUACAUUUUUUUCUUUUUCUUUCUUUUAAUUUUUUUUUGAAAGUUCUGAUUUGUCAAAGGUAUUUGAUUGAAGUACUUCAAACUGACAGCUCUUUUAUUCUCUUGGAUAAGUGGCAGGUUUAUCAGUCGUGAAGCCUUAUUUAAGCUGGUUUGACUCCUAUAAUUUAUAGUCUCGACAAAGCUCCAGACAAUCACACAAUAAGAAGAUUAGAAGGUAGGGAAAACUUUCAGAUAAAGCUGAUUGAUGACAUAUUUAUCACUUUUAACUUCCCAUAAAAAAGGACAUACAGUAAUGAAAAGGUUAGACCAAACUUGUUUUCUUAAAUUCCUUCUUCUAAAAGUACCUAAAGAAUACAUUGAACACCCAAAAACAACAGCAAGGGUGACCUAAUAGCUCUUUCCAUGAUUGCAGUUUCAAAGCAUUCCAGAUACAGAGGCAUGCAAAAGAUUUCUUUGAAUUAUUUGCUGGAUUUGCAAAAGUCGUAAACUUAAAGACGGCAUGUUUAAUUCUGUUAUUUAAUGAUUUCCAACAAACACUGUGUGCAGAUUAGUGUGUGAGCUUUUUUGGGGGCAUCAGCUGAAACUCAGUUUGCACAGCACAUAUAGGACCUAAAAAGGUACAGCCAUUAACCCAGUUAUCCUACAUCAAACAUGUUUAGGGAAUCAACAGAGGGCUAUUAUGUAACUUCCAGAAAAACUCAUGUAGUGGUGUGGGCAUUUUUUUUUUCCAUCACCUGAGUCCCUGUUUGAAUGCUGGCUGUGUGGACAGUUUAGUUUGUGUUUUCAUAAGCUUGGUCGAACAUAUAUUGAGGUUGCUUAGCAUCCACUUACAGCCUUGCUAUGAUUUGUUACAGUGCAGAAAACAUCCCUGGACUGCUUUUAUUCAUCAUUAAAACAAAAAAGUCAGACUUUAUUAUUUUUAGAAUGCUGUGUUUUCUCCACACAUGUUACAGUUUUAUAUUUGAGGCUUGUGGUGCUGAAAAGUAUUUGUUUUUAAUUAGUUGUUCAGUUUUUUUCAACUGAAUAUAAUUCUCGUUAUCCUCGCUAGAAUAUGGAGAUCUGUACAAGGCGAUUUGAUUACGUGUGCAGCUUGAUUGGUGCAUAGGUAAUAUGUUGUGUUGGAGUGUUACAAAGCAAUUAUAAGCAGGUUUAUUACAACUUCAAAAAAUAUUCCAGACCUAAACUGAAGUAAGAUUCCUAGUAGUUCAUUCCAUAAAAUUAUUUAUUGUUUAAUUAUAACUUGGUUUUAUCGUGCUAAGUAAAAAUAAAUGGUUAAAGUGGUCCAGAGCUGCUUCAUUACUUAUGUAAUAAUAAUUUUUAAAGCUUCAAUGUUCUCAUGUAAAAGAGAAACUGGAAUAAGUAAUAGUUCAAACAAGCAGAUUGAUUAAUCUGGAAUUUUUUUUACAAGACAUUAUUUGUCAUGUAAAAUUGAACAAACUCUAUGCACUUUACUUUUCAGCAAAACCACAAUUACAGUCUUUAGAAAGAAUAAACAAAUAUUUUUUAGGUCAUCAUAGCUGUUUUUUUUUAAUACUACAUAUAAGUUCUAUAUAAAACUUGGUUGAAAAUAAAUACAGGAGGGAAAUAGAUAAACUGCUGCCAACAAACAGAAUUCAUUUUGAGGUUUUUAGUGCCAUUAAAGGGGGUUUAAGCACACUUGUAUAAUUCUAUUCAAUUCAGUUUAUAUAACACCAAUUCACAGCACAUGUCAUCUCAAGGCACUUUACAAUUCAAACAGAUCAUCUAAGGAAAACCAGCUGAUUGCAUCAACCCAUUGACUCAAAAGCAAUCCCAUACACAUCUUUACUUUUAUGCCUUUUGGAUUUUGGUUCUAUGUCUGCAAGCGGUGAUUAACAUUUUAAAGACUUAGCUUUUGCAUGCCACUGUGUUAUCAGAUUAAAUUGAAUAGGCACUCUGAGCUGGUUCACACAGUACAAUUCAAAGCUGGUCAACAGGGAUCAAAACACACACACAGCUGCAUGUAAAUAAUAGACAUAAAUGCAUUCAUACUUGCUUUGGAUAAUUUUUUUUUAUUACUAUGAAGGAAUGCUUUGAUCAUAUCAGUCCAACUGGUCUAGACUUUUCAAUUAAUUCAAUAAAAGGUGAGGCUGUUUUUUCCCCAAAAUCCCAUUAAAAGGGAUUUUACGAAAAAGGAAUGAGAGGCUGUUAUAUGAAGCAUGAGUCUAUGCCCUGAUAAAGUGAAAA